UUGUGCUUUAAUUGCUGGCAAAUUUGUAUGAGUAAAAAGUGAACGAUACUAAGCUGUAGGCAUUGAUGGUGGUUUCUUUAAUCAAUACAAGACUUUGUGGAGAGCCUCAACCACUCAUUUUAUCAAUUGCACCUUCAAAAUCCUUAUCCUCCCAUCGCCUACCGCCGUUGCCAAUUUCUUCACCUUCUACCACCACCACCACCACCACCACCACCACCACCACCACAAACUCAUAUUUCAAUCAAGUUAUGGCUGCUUAUGGUGCAGCGGCUUCUCUCAAGAAUACGAUUCAGCGUAUUCUACAAUCGUCUCGCAUUUCUCUCGUUUCUCACUCUCCACAAAUCUUGCAACCUGCCUACGACCAGAUGUGUCGAUUGCAGAAACUUCUGCGAUUAUUGGACAAGACCAGCUGCAGCAAGAUCAGGACGAAGGUGAAUGCUGCGGAUGAACUCAUAAAAGAGGCAGUUUGGGAAUUCGAAGAUUUACUCGAAUCCCAUCUCUUGCCUCAGAUUCUUCCACAACUCGAAAGAGAGAGAAACGACUUGUCAUUCUCUGUAGAUCUGCAGAGUCUGCAACACCAUGUUGAUUGCUUCGUUGAGAUGGUGAAGAUGAUGGAGGAAGAGUACAUCAUUGAAAUGGAGAAUAUGGCUGAAGAAGAAGGCGAGCCUAUUUCCUCAAGAAUCGAUUUUGGUGGAAUCAACUCAAAGAUGGUUGGAUUAUCUGAUGAAUUUGAAAAGGCGAGAGAUUAUCUUCUUGAAGGUAAUAACGAUAACAACUAUUCGAUUGUUGGGAUGGCGGGUGUUGGAAAGACAACUCUUGCUAAACAUAUUUUUGAAGAUUCAUCAAUUCGGAGCCAUUUUGAGUUACGAGCAUGGGUCAAAGUGGGCAGAAAAUGCGAGUUCAAUGAACUAUUACGAUGCAUUCUAGCUCAAGUGGUUGCCCAAAGAGAUGAUGACGAUGAGGCAGAAUUAGUUGGAAUCUUGAAAGAAAGAUUGAGCGGCAAGAAUUGUCUCAUCGUGUUGGAUGAUGUUUGGGAGAAACAAGCAAUAAAUAGCCUGACAAGUUGCUUGCAAGAAAAUAAUAUUGUUGGAAGCAUUCGAUUCUUGGUGACAAGUAGACAACUAGGAUUCACGCGGGUGUUCCAAAGAGUGCGCUUGUUGAAUCUAAAAGAAAGUAAGAAAUUACUUGGUGAGAAAGUGUUUGGUGAAGAGGGUUUCCCUCUUCAACUUGAGGAACUUGGAGAGAAGAUUGCGAAGAAAUGUGAAGGUCUUCCUCUUAUGAUAGUCACGGUUGCAGAGCUCCUAUCAAAAGCCGACAAGACCCCAGAAUACUGGACUGAGGUACUCAAACAACAUAGUUCAGUCUUCGUGGAAGCAUAUAAUCAAAUAUCAGAGGUACUUUUUCCAAGUUAUGACUACUUACCCCAACAAUUUAAAAUGUUUUUUCUCUAUAUGGGAACAUUCUGUCGAUCUACUGCUAUGUUCAAUCCAGUCAUUCUCGAAAAUCUGUUGAGUGCUGAGGGGUUUCUUGAACGUAUUGGAGAAGAAAGUUUUGAAGAUUAUUUUAGGGAAUGCUUGAGACGUCUCUGUUUUUGGUAUCAUCUUGUUCUCAACAAAACAAAUAUUUUGUCAAUGUCUGAACAUUGUCGCGUGCAUUCUUGCUGGCAACACUUGUGUAAGGUAGAAGGCAGUAGGAUCAAGUUUAUGCAUGUCUUACAAAGUUGUGAUGAUGCUAUAAAAGACCAGCGUCGAUUGUGUGCGCAUUGGAAUACUUUAUUUUGCUUGAAACAAGUGUAUAAUUCGAUAAAAAGUGAUUGUGCAUCCACUACCCGUUCUCUCCUUUGUUGUGGUCCUUGUCACCCAUAUCCAGUGCCAAUACAUGCCAUGGGUUUCAAGUUGCUCAGUGUACUUGAUGCUGUUCGUGUCCGAUUUUACCAUUUCCCAAUUGCAAUUUUGAAACUAGUUUAUCUGCAGUACCUUGCCCUAUGUUGCAACGGGGAGUUCCCUCCUGCCAUAUCCAACCUUUUUCACCUGAAAUUCUUGAUUAUUGAACCUCAUAUGAGCAUUAAAAAGUGUGGAGUUCAGUCAUAUAUGCCUGUGCAAAUUUGGGACAUGCAAGAACUAGAGUCUCUUACGAUACCGGGAAGGGACCUACCAACUCCUAAUACUAAUGAUGCUACCUUGAACAAACUGCUCAUUCUUGCUGGUGUGAGUGCAAACAGUUGUAGAAGGGAAGUUCUCGAAAGAAUUCCUAAUUUAAAGAGAUUAGUGAUUUAUGUGGAGUUGAAGCCUUAUGAUGAUGAUGAUGAAACCAACCCAUUGAGCGGCUUGAGUUAUAUAUCACAACUCCAGAAUUUGAUCGUACUUGGUUAUGUGAUCCUGAAUCCCGAGAUAAAACAUGUGUUUAAUACGAUUCAUCUUUCAAUGUUUCCAUCAACUCUUACAACUUUACAUUUGGGUGGGUUGGGGUAUCCUUGGAAGUACAUGAAUGACAUUGGUUUGGUGCUGCCGAAUCUCAUGAACCUCAGGUUACAAUGUUAUGCCUUUCGAGGCCCGGAGUGGGAAAUAGAAUCAGGGAGUUUCUUGAAACUUAGAGAACUUCGAAUCGAGGACACCGAUUUGGUGCAAUGGAGACCUCAACGUGGAAGCUUCCCAGAGCUUGAUGUUGUAAUCCUGAAGCAUUGCUACAAAUUACAGCAACUCAAUUGGUCGUUUGAUCAUUCUCAGAUCAAACGUAUUGGAUUAGUUGACUGCAAUCCUUUAGCUGUCGCUUGUGCCAAUCAAUUAAAAGACAAGUUUUCAUUUGAACUUGUCGUGGAAUCUUGUUUUUGAGCUCAAGUCACUCUCCAACUUGCCAUACAGGUCAAUGAGAGAGACGAAGGAGCCGCGUUAUCCCGGAUAUUGUAUUGCCACGUCGUCGUGUGAAUUUAAGGAUUGUGACUUGUAUUGGAUUGUGCUAUAAAUUUUUGUAUGUUGGAUUUGUGGAAAACAUUAGUCCCUUGUUCAAUUCAAGGAUUGUAAUCUUUCUGUGUUAUGCAUGAUUUUCACUUUGUUUUGAUAUUAGCUUUGUAUUUCAAUGGAAGCUCAUCAAUAUGAAUUGCUGAGAGAAGAUUUGUUGUGAUGAAAUCCCUGAUGAGCUUAUUUCCAUUAAUACUCUGUUAUUUUUGAGAACUCAUGUUGCUGUUGUCUUCUUUCUAUUA